AUGAAGGCUUCGCCCUUCUCAAGGACAAAUCCUGAUGUUGGUAAAAUAUACGUGUUGAUCAAGGCCAAGGACAAUGAAGCAGCCAUGAAAAGAUUGAAGAACGAGGAUAUCCAUGGGAAAAACUACCACAGCUUUGUAUUAAGCAAACAGGUUCUAGUUGUUGGUAAUUUCACGAAAGCGUACAUUGGCAUUGCUCCUGAGUAUGAUGUAGCACUAGACAUCAACACCAUGGGGCCAUACCGGAUAAUGAGUUUCGCGCAGCGGUUUCGAAGACUGAAGCUCUUCUUGCAAGUAUCAACAGCAUAUGUGAAUGGGCAGAGGCAAGGUUUGAUACUAGAGAAGCCAUUUUGCUUAGGGGAUACCAUAACAAAGGGGAUAGGUUCCUCAGAUUUUUCGGCACAUCAGAAUACCAUGUUGGAUAUCGAGGCUGAGAUCAAGUUGGCUUUUGACUCCAGAAGGCAUUCUUCUGCCUCUGCUUCUGUUACUCAAGAAAUGAAAGAGGCCAAACCCUAUGGUUGGCAAGACAUGUAUGUGUUCACAAAGGCCAUGGGCGAGAUGGUCAUCAACUGCAUGCGAGGAGAGAUACCGGUGGUAACAAUCAGGCCAAGUGUCAUAGAGAGCACAUGGAGGGAUCCCUUCCCAGGUUGGAUGGAAGGAAACAGGAUCUAG